AUGAGAGGUCACGUCUUAUCAUCCGACUUGAGAAGAUGUGCCCCAGUGCCCAAUGAACAAGAGGGCCACCAUUAUACCAGGCUCAUUCUUCACCGUGACCUGAAGCCAAAGAACUUCUUCGUCACGGGUGGCGGUCCUGAAGCCCAGCCUUCAUCACCGUUUGCCGUGUCAAUUGCAGUGAAGAUUGCCGUUGUGUUCCCUUCAGAUGUGCCAAGACAUGGCCGCUUCAAAAUGACUGCAGGCUCCCUCCAGCUGGGCGACUUUGGCCUGGCCAAGAAGAUGGACAAUGAUCUGUCUUUGGCCGGGGGCGCUCUAGCUGUGCUGGGGCUGGUGCCCUUCCGGCUCACCUGGAUCACCGGGCUACGGAUCUUUGAAGUAUUGCUGUUGUUGGCACAGCGGUGCCGUGCAGGUGUGCAGGGGAGAGCCAUACGUUUGGAAUCUCAAUGUAUGCUGGAUCGACGUGUUCGAUUGUUUCGCAUUCGUUCAGGGCGUUUGUGUUCUGUUGCUUUGGUUGUGAUAGGCAGCAUGGCCUGUCACUUUAGAAUUUGCUAG